CUCUUAUGUUGUGGGACAAAGUAAACAUUUCCAAGGGAGCACAGGAACUCAGCCUCCCCCCCUGGAAGACCCUCCGAAAUAUAUUAACAAACUAUAAGCAAGGCUUAUAAUCUGGAAGAGGAAAAUAAAUGACGGUAAGAAUAACUCUGGAACGCUUCAGAUUUCAGAACUUUAAGACGCAGAUCCAUUAUAGCCAUACGACAUGAAGUACUCUCUCAAAAACCAAUAUGGCGGCUGAAGAUGAAAAUAAGCGUACAAAGGAAAGAUGCAAACGUUUUACAGAAAGAGUGAACGUGAACAUCACAGAGGCAGCGAAAUUAGCUCAACACAUGAUAAGAGCAUCUGGAUCCCCCGAUGUAUGUUGAAAUAUCAGCGUAAUGUAUCUGUAAUAUGCGAUAUAUUAUAAUACAAAAUUCUAAAUAUAUAUAAUUCUGAAUAUAUAAAGCUGGCUUUUGCACAUUUUAUCAAAUCUGUUUGACAUUUUUGCUGUGUGUGAUCACUGGACACUGAAUUCAUAGAAAUACUGAUGAAUAAAUAAAAGUAAAAAGGCGUUCGUAAAAUACUGAAAUGGUAUUGCAUGAAAAUGCCAACUAUUUGAUUCAUAGAACACUAAUAAAUCAUGUCGGAGUUGAAUGGCCUAGCUGCGUUGCAGCCUGGCUAAUUUAGAUCCAAAGGACAUCAAACAAUUUACAAGACGCCCGGAUUUGAAAUAAUCAAAUACCUGAAAAUUGCCUUACGACGUGAAACUGAACUCCAAGUAUCGAUAUUUCAUCAGACAUUUCGCCACAAGAAUAUAUAUUUGCACCUUAAUUUAAUCAAUGUUUGAAUGUCCCAACGUUUUGUACCAUCUAAUGGCAAUGUUUUGUUUUAUAGAUAUUAUCACAAACCACCAAGAAAUUUGUUCACAACGAGAACUCUAUUAAAUCAACUGAAGAGGUAGAUUGAGUCGUAUUAAUUAGAAUAAUUUUGAAUAAUGUAUAUUUGGACAAUGUAUACGUAUUGAUCUAUAUUAAAUUGAUUUCCAAUUUAUUUUAAACGUAUACUUGGAAUUAGAAUAUCAAGAAAAUGAAGAAUUUAAUUGGACAAAUGGAUGCACAGUGAGUAUUUCGCGUUAAAACAUAGCUCAGCCACAAUUUGCAAUGCGUUUUUAAAUCCUAAGGGCUAAAGAAUAAUCAUUUUUAAAUAACUAUAUAGGGGGUUCAAUUCAAAAUUCCCAAGUGGCUUUAGUUUAUUUACACCUAUGCACUCUUCCCAUCAACCCCUUCGCCCUUCUCUCACCACUACAAUACUUCAUGUAAACUCGCCAUAUGCGCAUCGCUGUGUUUUUCACAAAGAGACGCCUGGGUACGAGGCAGCCUAUACGCUGUAAAUGUUGAAAUCAAUAAAGUGAAUAAACGAAAAAAACAUUACAAUACGUCAAAGGAAACAAACUUAAUUAAGUGUCAGCAAAAAUAUAAAAUUUAUACCUUCAAUAGAGCAGUUUAAUUUAAGACAAGCCUCAAAGCGGUUGUAUCUCCCCCUAGUGUCCACCACAGUAUAUUUCGCAAUCAAGUGACAGAGCAUUAACCUGACGUUAUUUUUAUUCACAGGUAUGACGAAAUUCAUCAACGGUACGUUGCUGAAGCUGUAAAGCUACAAAAGCACCUAAUUUUCAGAAGUGAUCUAAUGAAGAAUGUUCUAUCACCGUAGAUGUCAAGAUUGUCCUAUACCUUCUUGUUUUUAGGUUAGAUUUGAUUGCAAAAAUUGACCACCAAAUGCACCCCACGACGACGAAAUAAAGACUAAUAUAUUAAAUAAUAAUAGAGUAUUUUUGUAAAUUAAAGUUGUACAAAUUUCAUAAUAAAACAUUCAUCACAGAAUAUAUAGUCCUGCUCUUCUGGUAUAGGAAAAGUUGAAAUUCACGACAACUAUAGUAGGCAGCAUCAUUCUGUUAUUAUAGUUA